AUGAAUUCAAUAUAUGAAAGUGAAGAUUGUAGCUUUUAUCGUAAAAAACCUAUUGAUGCAAAUAAUCAAAAGCAAUUAAGGGCUCGAUUAGAAGCGAAGAGCACUGAACCAAGAGAUCGACGACGUGGUCGACCAGUUUCUGAACGGGAAAAUUUCCAAGUUGGACAUAAACAAGUUGUAUCACAUAUAAAUGUAAAACGUAUGCAACCGGUCGUCGCUAUAUUGCUCGGUCCACCAGUACCUCGAAAAGACCGAGAUGAUACAAGAGAACGUCACUGUCGAGCUAUAACGGGGACAAGAAGUGAAAAGAGAACGGAAUUUGCAUAG